AUGCUGAAUCUUCAACGGUACAACAUCAAAUAAAGGAAAUGUCAAGAAAAUAAAGAAACAUGUAAAACAACAACAACAAAAGGAAAAUAAUAAAACAAAACUGAAAAAGGAGGAGGGUUGGUAUUGUGAUAAAAAAAACCAAAAUAACAAGAUUCGACAGAAGAAAGUUCAUUUGUAGUUCUAAACAUGUUUGGGGUGUUUGUUACUCACUUUUUGUCACUCCCACUACGUUGUUUAUCUCACUUACAGCGUCCAUUAUAAUUUGGCCAAUUAUGCAAUUAUGCAAAUUUGCAGAUGAAAUCAUUUAGCAACUUUUAUGACAGCCAAUAGCUACUUUCCUUACUGAGGAGUUGGCAACACUGCAUAGAUAUGCACAGCCACAUGAAAUUUGGUACACAGAUCAGGAGGGGUGUCCUCUUGAGGGCGCCAUUGUCAAAAUGGAGAUCCAACUAAUAUUGGCUCCAUAGCGCUCCCUACAAAAUUUUAAGAUGUAGGCCCUGCUCCUGUGUGUGACCCAAACCCCACCUGUGGGGUUUUAUAAAAAUCAGGUGGACGGUUAAUAAGAAUCUUACAGACGUCAGCAAAGACCUGGAGAGACAGGAGGCAGAACCAGCUGCAGCAUCAGACCCCAACUCUCUGGACGUGUCCCUGGGAAGCGAGUCGUCUCGGUCAGAUGUGGAGUCCACGGAGGAGGUCAAACCCACACCGAGCAGCGAGGACGAAGUCUCGACGGCGUCUGACGUCCUGGAUGACGAGGCUAACGUGAGCAAAUCACCUGAGAGCUCCGACGAACCCGCAGAGGACAAACCUGCCUGCGCUGAUCCGUCUCCUCAGGCGCAGACAGAAACUGAGAGCGUCAGCGUGGGCAUGUGCAGAGCAUCUCAUCCAGGCGUGUUCGUGACGCAGAUCUACAGCCAAACUCAAACUGUGUCUGUGUGA